AUGCAUACUCAAUCACAUCCUUCGAUCCUAGAAGGGGGCUAAUCUCAAAGCAAGUAGAAACCGCAUCAUCACUCAUUCAAAAAUAACUGGCCUCUACCCUGGGAACCUGGUACCAAAUCUCAAGCAACAAAUGAGCCCAACAUGCAUGAUUUAAAUAAAUCGCCAUUCAUAAUGAAAUUUGAUUUCGCUCCUGUUAAGCUACUGAGUAUUACGAGUGAUCAAAACUUAGCCUUGUUUGGGGCAAUGAGAAAAAUAUUUUAUAUGGAUUUUGAUUAGCUGCUUAAAAGUAAGGAAAAGAUAAAGCAAUCUAGAACAAAACAACCAACAGACAAAUUGAUUAACCCGGAUCCUUAAAUUAUCGAAGGAAACCCAGUCAAAUCAAGCAUCAUUGCAUCAAUUUCAGAUCAUAUUGUCUCAAUAUUUGAUCUUAAUGAUGGUUCGUAUCUCCAAACACUUGGCUGCUUGACGAGCUAAACUAGUAUGAGUUGGAAUUAAAAAGAUGAGAAUCAAAUUGCAACAGGGUCUUAUGAUAAGAUAAGAUUAUGGGACUUAAGAACAUCUCAAGCAUCUUUGGUUAUUUUGACUUCUCAAACAAGCAAGAUACUCUUCGAUAGAAAGAAUGAGAAUUAAUUUGCAACUGCACAUGAUAAGAUAGUCAGAAUAUGGGAUUAAAGAUAAACUAACAAAGAAGUUUUCCACAUUGAUACAUUUGAUAAUAAUAUCAAGAAUAUGGAUUUUGAUUAUCAGACAUCAAAACUAUUAUUGACGUCCUCAUAGGGCUCUAUCAGAAUUUUCUAAUUGAGUGAGACUGGAGGAGAAGCAUUAACUCAUGUGACGUUGCAAAAUCCAGUAAAUACUGUAGUUUUUACACCAUUCGGACUAGGUCUUGCAGUCUCGACUGAAAAAAGCAACAAUGUAAAAUUUUUCUCAUUGCACGAAAGAGAAUCUGAUGGUGGCCUCUUUUUAAAGAAAAAAAAGUAUGAGACGAGAAAUCAAAAAGAAAUUCAGUUGGUUUAAGAACUUAAGAUUUUUUAGUUAAGAAGAGAUCCAAAUGAUUAUUAGUAUCAAAUAGUAUCCUUACCCUCAGACAAGUACUUGAGGAUUGAGAAAUUAAGCCUUGAAUUUACAGAUAAAUUCUAAAAAAGUCAAAGUACCUUAAUAAGAAUAAAUUCUAGAUAAAAGCUUUUAAAGUCUGAUAAGCUAAAUUAUGAAUCAAGUUCAAGAAGCGAUUUCUAAAAGAUUAUCACUCAAAGUGACAUAGUUUUAAAUGAAUUUAAUGAGACAGAAGUGUUUGAGAAAAUAGUUUAUGACCUUAAGGAGAUGGAUCCUUAACAAAAAGGUAUUAUUAACAGAAUAGAAUUGAGAUUAUUUUUGAAGGAUAAAAGGAUAUUCGGACUCACAUUAAUUAUCCCAUCCAACUAUCCUAAAGCUGAAGUACUUUUUAAAGCAGGAAAUAGAAUGAAUAUAGAUGACGCAACAUCUAAUAGAAUUAUUGACAAGAUAAAUGAAUUGGCUCAUUAAAAGGCGUAGGAUGGAGUUUAGCACAUAAAGACUUGUCUACAAUACCUUGAAUUAAGUCUUAAGUCUCCAUUAGUUGGAAGCAAAAAUUAGAUAUUUAACGUAGAUGAUGGAAUAGAAGACUAUAUAAUUAACAAUUAGUACAAACCUUAAGAAUUAAAAGAAGAUGCAAAUGAUUCAAUCCAAAAUGAAAAGAAAUAUUUCAUCCCUUAUCCAAGAACUAAUGGUUUUUCUUGGAAUAGUAGGGGCCAACUAGUCUACUUUUCAUAUUCAAAAUACAACAUCAGAACUCUUUAAGAUAACUCAAAGAAGAAGAUCUAUAAUGCCACAGAUUUGAAAAACAUUUACUCUCAAAUAUCUAAGAAGUUUAACUGGACAAACAAUAAUCAAAUUCAGGGUGAUUAUGAAGGUGACGAAAUCAGAUCAGAAGAUUCUAGCGAUGGUAAUGAUAUUGGAUCUGGGGACUCAAGCAAUGAUGAAAAAUUCAAUAAUUAUGCUUAAAACAGCAAUAAUAGGACUAGCCUUAUGCAAGAUGAAGAUUACUCUGACUCAGACGACAAUGAUGACGAUGAUGAAGAGGAGGAGUAUGGUGUUGAAAGUAGUUACUACAAUAAGAGUAUUACUGAUAGUAAGAGAGUUAAAUCAAGACAAGAUAGCAAAUCUAGGCUUAAAUCAGCUUCAGGGAGAGAUACAAAUCAAAAUAAAAAAUACAGAAUUAAAAGAGUACCAAGCAAGAACUAACACAUCAGAUAUGAUAAAAGGAUAAGCAGCAAAAGAGAUGAUAACUAUUUGAUAAACACGAAACCAAGUGUAAUAGCCAUAUAUAAUCUGGACUUCAUGUUUAAUGUUGACUUAAAAUUUGCAGAGAGCCAGGAGAUAUUCUCAACUGACAUUAAAGAGUUAUGUAUAUCAAAUUCAUCAAGGUUAAUUGAACUGGAUAAGCAUGAACUGGCCAAAGCAUGGAAUAUGAUAGCUAUCUGUCUCUCCGACAUUAAUUCAGAUUUGUUCAAACUUCAAAACUGGAGUACUAAUCCAUUAGGGAAAUCUCUAGCUAUUAGGCUGCUAACCACAUUUGAAGAAUAAGGAGAUAUAUAAAAUCUUGCUCUGCUUUCAGCACUUAUGCUGGGAUCAGAGACAAAAAUUCUAGAAAAUCUGAUGGAAGUUCAAAAGCAGGCCAAAAUGUAAUCCUAAAUAAGGAAUAAAUAAAUAAAUAGCUCAAAUAUUGUUAAAACUCAAUCUUACAAUAAGAUACCAUUUAACAAGUAGCUAAGCAAAAGUGAUCUUCACAAGCAACCAAAUAGUUUCAAUAAUUUGGAUUAAACUUAGCAGGUUGAAAGCAUCAAUUAAAGCUAUAAAUUUCCGACUAAGGAAGUAUUCGAAAAGGAUUACACCCUCGAAAACUCUAAAAUAGCACCUAAUUAGAAUUAUAUUAUCAAAGUUCAGACUCCUAGAAAAAAUAAAGAGACUCAUAAAGGAAGAAAGAAAAGCUAUUAGUACAUAGGAGGGAGAAAUCAUGACUAUUUUAAAACUGAUGGUGGUGACUAUGAAUGGUUGAUCAAGCCAAAAUAGCCCUAGAAUAAGUUUAAGAUGCAAGCUAAUUAACUUGGGAGUUUUGAAAACCUAUAUAAUGAUAGCAGAUUGGACUAACAUUUUAAUAGCCCUUAGAGAACCAAGAGUGGUCAAAGACCUGGCUAUAACUCAAGGAACCUGAUUGAUGAAGAAAAAUUAGACAAUCAUUUCGUAUAACCAAGAGCAAGCAGAUUUAAGAAAAGAAAGCCAAGCACUCCUGAUAACAAAAAGAAUAGAAAGCCUAAAAUAAAUCUAUUUAUGAAGCACGAUGUUGAUUAUUUAGUUGAUAAGCAAGCAAUUCACAUUAAGAAUGAAGGAACGGAAGAAUUAGAACUUAUAAACUUGGAAAACCAUAAAAGUGAGAAAUUUAAAAAUUUUGAUGAAUUGACAAUGAGAGAAGGCAAUGAAGAAUUUGAGGAUCUUGAGACAAACAUUGGAGGAGAUUAAAAGGAAGAAGUAGAGAUCUCUAUGAAAGAAAUGCUAUUGUAUAUGAAAAAAUAUGCUGAAUUGUUGCUUAGUUGGGGACAUACUUUUCAGUCCAUAGAGCUUUGUAAAAUAGUUGCAAAGGCUGAGAUAUUAAUGCUACAGACAUCUGCAAUCAAGCCUAUGAGUCUAAUGAAUGAUAAAGAUAUAGAAUAAAGAUCACAACGAUCAAGAUCAAAGUAAAUCAAACUGAGCUCCCACUUGCAGUCAAAUACAAACUUAAGUAUCAAGGAUUAUUUGCCAUUUUCGGAGAACAGCUUAGGGUAUAUUUGUAAAAAGUAGCUAUAACAAGGAAAACAUGAGGAAAAUAUGCUUUUAAAUAUGGGUGGAAUAAACCAGUGCAAUUCAUGUGAUAAAAUAAGUGUCAAAUGUGCCAUCUGUGACUUGAAUGUAAUGGGAUUAAUGUUUGUCUGCAUUCACUGUUAUCAUGGAGGCCACUAUGAACAUAUUAAAGAGUGGUUCACUAGAAAGAGCUCUAAAAAUCAAAGCUAACCCAAUUAUAUGAUUCCUUGUCCAACUGGUUGUGGAUGCACUCAAUGCUUCUUACAAAUUUGA